GCCCAGGGAACCGCGCCAAAAUCGAAUAACACGGACGAAAACAUUGCGAAGAUUUUGUUCUGAUCAUAAUGUUUGUCAAGGAUUUUAAGAAGAAUUUCUAUGACGCUAUACAAAAUCAGCGAGUUCUAGUACUGGUGUCUUUCGAUGUGGAUGCAUUAUGUGCGUGCAAGAUUUUGCAGUAUCUGUUCCAGUGCGACCAGGUCCUAUACACCAUUGUCCCGGUCAGUGGCCUGGAAGACCUGGAGCGGGCCUUCGUAGAGAAUUCAGAAGGCAUCAAGCAUGUUGUGAUGAUCAACUGCGGUGCCACUGUGGAUGUUGUUGAGAUGUUGCAGCCACCGGAGCACGUCCGCUUCUACAUCAGUGACAGUCACCGUCCGGUAGACAUCCACAACGUGUUCAACGCUGUGCAGGUCAAGUUGUUGAUGAAGGAGGAGGAGUUGACGGAGCUGCCAGAGUACGAUGAAGUCUUCAGGGACGAUAGUUCAGACGAGGACUCUGGUAAUGAGAGUGACAGUUCUGACAGAUCGGGGAAAAAACGGAGGUUUGACGAGGCAGCCAUAGACAGACGGAGAGAAAAGAGAUUGUGGAACGAAAAUAGGAACAAGGUCAUAUUUGACUACACAAAGUUCACAUCAUAUGGAACUUCAUCCUCCUUAUUAAUGUUUGAAAUGGCGUGGAAGAUGUCUAAAGACACCAAUGAUUUAUUGUGGCUGGCUAUUAUCGGUGUGUCAGACCAGUAUGUUCAUUUCAAGACCCCAAGAGACAAGUACAUGGAUGAUGUUAUGGCGCUACAGUCUCACGUAGCUCGGCACAACCAUCGAGGAGACGACGAGGAGAACCUCAUCUCCAUCAACUGUUUGAAAAUUGUGUUUGAUGAGGAGCUGACGCUGACGAUGUACCGCCACUGGUCCUUGUUUGAGUCCAUCUGUCACUCGGUCGGUAUGGCGUGCAAGUUCAAGGUGUGGACGCUCAAGGGACAGAAGAAACUCAAUGAGUUCUUAGCAGAGAUGGGGAUGCCACUGAACCAGUGCAAGCAGAAGUUCUCGGCCAUGGACACGGAGCUGAAGGGCAACAUCAAGGGCAUGAUACAGGACCAGAUGAACAAAUAUGGACUGGUGAUGCAGGACAUAGUGAUCCCAUCAUUCUCAGCCCAAUAUGGCUACCGAAACAAGCUGUGUGCCACGGACGCUGUGUACGCAUGCUGUGCAGUAUUGGAAGGAACUGAGAAAGGCAAGACUCCCAAUGAUUGUUUCCUUGAUGCAGUUGAUAUUCUAACAAGGUCAAAUGUGGCCGCUUUAGAGAAGGGUCUUGAAUUGGCUAAACGUCAGCUGAAGGCUGUGGUGACUCAGGUCCAGACAUUCCUGGACAUGCAUCAGGUCAUCUCUGCUGGACCCUUCCUCUACGCCCUUAUACAGGAGAUGAUGAUGGUGGGAGAGUUCACAGUUAAGACACUGAUUAGAAGUGGAAAAGGGAGGAUGUUUAAAGAUUUUUUAAUUUUCAACAAUAACUGGGAGCUGAACAGUAGAAUGGAAAGACGGUCAAAGACCGACGGAUGA